AUGUCUGCUGAAGAGUUUAAGAAACAAGGAAAUGCUGCUUUCGUAGCGAAAGACUUUGGUAAAGCCGCAGAUCUAUUUUCGCAGGCGAUUGAAGCAUCGGAAACACCCAACCAUGUCCUUUACUCCAACAGAUCGGCGUGUUACGCUUCGUUGAAGCGUUUUGGGGAUGCUUUGCAAGAUGCAGAAAAAUGUAUUGGAAUCAAUCCAAGUUGGUCAAAGGGCUACAACAGAGUUGGUGCGGCACAAUCGGGACUCGGGAACUUGGACGACGCGGAAAAAAACUACAAAAAAGCUUUGGAACUAGACUCCUCAAAUAAAGCAGCUCAAGAAGGUCUGGAACACGUGCAACGCACCCAACAGAGCAGACAACAACAGCCAGAUCUAGGGUUUGGUCAGCUCUUUAACGAUCCCAACAUGAUCGAAAAGCUCAAGCAAAACCCCAAGACUGCGGAACUCAUGAAGGACCCUCAACUCGUGGCCAAAGUUUUGCAGUUCAAGUCCAAUCCUCAGGCGAUGGGAACCGAGUUUUUGCAAGACCCACGCAUGAUGACAAUAAUGGCGGCUCUUUUGGGCAUAGACCUAAGCAUGGGCGGUGAAAACCCGGCUGGAGAGUCUGAAAAUCCCUCUAAAAAGGCUGAGGCCUCCAAGUCUACGGAAUCCGAGGUACCAGCAACCGAACCUACCAAGCCUAAAGCCCCUGAACCAGAAAGCCAGCCACCGGUUACUCAAGAGGACUCAAUGGAAGUUGACGAACCCGAAGUCGAUUCUAAGGCUGCAGCCGAUGCCGAAAAAGCUGAGGGUAACAAAUUUUACAAAGCUCGUCAAUUUGACGAAGCCAUUGAGAAAUACAAUAAGGCUUGGGAACUCCACAAAGAUAUUACCUACUUGAAUAACCGCAGUGCUGCGGAAUACGAAAAGGGUGACUAUGACCAGGCGAUCAAAACUUUGACAGAAGCCGUGGAGCAGGGAAGAGAAAUGAGAGCUGACUAUAAACUCAUCGCUAAGUCUUUCGCUCGUAUCGCAAACGCCUACGUAAAGCAGGACGAUCUACAAAAUGCGGUAGAAUAUUACCAAAAAUCUCUAACAGAGCACCGUACUCCAGACACCUUGACCAAAUUGAGAAACUGUGAAAAGGAACUCAAGAUUCGUGAAACUGAAGCUUACGUUGAUCCAGAAAAGGCUGAGGAAGCUCGUCUAGAGGGAAGAGAUUUUUUCACUAAAGCCGACUGGCCUAACGCAGUGAAAUCGUAUACCGAAAUGAUCAAGAGAGCUCCAGAAGACGCUCGUGGAUACUCUAAUAGGGCAGCAGCUUUAGCCAAGCUGAUGUCGUUUCCUGAUGCCAUCAAGGACUGCGACAUUGCGAUCCGCAAAGAUCCAAACUUCAUCAGGGCUUACAUCAGAAAGGCUUCUGCACAAAUCGCUACUAAAGAAUUUGUAGGUGCUAUGACGACACUCGAUAUCGCUCGUACAAAGGAUACUGAACUAAACAAGGGAUCUAGCGUAAGAGAAAUUGACCAGCUUUACGCCAAAGCUUCUCAACAAAGAUUCCAGCCCUCUGAUCCAAAUGAAACUUCAGAACAAGCCUAUGAAAGAGCUUUGAAGGAUCCAGAAGUCGCUUCGAUCAUGCAAGACCCAGUUAUGCAGAGUAUCUUAUCCCAAGCUCAACAGAAUCCUGCCGCAUUGCAGGAACAUAUGAAGAACCCAGACGUUUUCAGCAAGAUUCAAACCUUGAUCGCUGCUGGUAUUAUUCGUACGAGAUAG